CUACGGAGCACGCCUGAAGUGUUUUGUUUUAAAGAAGUCGGAACUGUUCACACGUUCGAGUCCGGACCACUUCACCGGACACGACGUCAAUGUGCUGAUAAAGUGGGAUAAAACAUGGCGUCCACAUCUGGUUAUUCGCUCAGAGACCCCAUGCUGAAGAAGAGGGACGAGUUCGAGGACCUUCUGGAGGAGAGGAGGACCUCCAGUGACCUGAGAUACGCUUUCAGGUGCUAUAGCCCAGUUCUGUACAAAGCUCUCUCUCCCUGCACGGCCUCCUCGCUGAAGAACAUGGUGCUGCGGUCCGACCAGCUGCGCUUUGUCAUGAGCCAGGUUUGCCAGGAGACGGGCCGAGCUGCUGUUGACAUCCAGGAGGAGGCGUCGGCCAUCUUGGAGGAGAUGGCUCACAACCUGCAGCUCAGCACCGUUCGCUUCUUCGCCUUCACACUCUGCAAAGUCUUCAAAACCCUGUUCAGGAGCAUCUGUGUCAACGAGGAGGGGAUCCAGAGGCUCCAACAGGCCAUUCAGGAGCACCCGGUCGUCCUGCUGCCCAGCCACCGGAGCUACAUGGACUUCCUGCUGAUGUCAUACAUCAUGUACACCUAUGACGUGGCUCUACCUGUCAUUGCUGCUGGAAUGGAUUUCAUGGGAAUGAAGUUUGUCGGGGAGAUGCUGCGGAUGUCCGGAGCCUUCUUCAUCCGACGAUCCUUCGGUGCUGACAAGCUGUACUGGGCCAUCUUCUCAGAAUAUGUCAAGACGAUAGUUAAGAAUGGAUUCGCUCCCGUUGAGUUUUUCCUGGAAGGGACCAGAAGUCGAACGAGCAAAUCUUUGACUCCAAAGUUAGGUCUGUUGAAUAUAGUGAUGGAUCCGUUCUUUAAGGGGGAAGUGUUUGACCUGAACUUGGUCCCUGUCAGCAUCAGCUAUGAGAGGAUCCUAGAGGAGUCGCUCUAUGCCAGAGAACUGCUGGGUGUUCCCAAACCUAAAGAGUCCACUUCAGGUCUGAUUAAAGCCAGGAAGGUCCUCAGUGAAGACUACGGCAGUAUCCACGUGUACUUUGGUGAACCCGUGUCGGUCAGGAGUUUGUCCCAGGGCAAAAUCGACCGCAGCCAGUUCAACCUCCUGCCAAGACACAUCCCCAGGAGGCCCAGUGAGGAGAUCUCUAACCUGGUGAACGACUCAGCCUACAGGCUGGUUCGGGCUCAGGAGGAGAAUAUGGUCCUGAUGCCCUGGGUCCUUCUGGCCUCCCUGCUGCUCCAGAGCCACCAUCAGAACCAGGUGACCCCACUGGACGAGCUGACUGAACACGCCGUGUGGCUCAGGGAUCUUUCACGACAGUAUGGAGCCUUCCUGCACUGGCCUGACCACGUGCCUCCGUCAGAAGUCGUCUCCUCUAGUCUCUACCUGCAUCGAGGUCUGGUGAAAAUCUCUGAGGGCAGAGUUCAGCUGGCGUUGGAUCAAGCAGAACAAUCAGAUCCGAAGGAGCCUCCCAGAGCUGCUACCCCAGAAGAGGAGCUCUUGAGCCAGGCAGUCACCGUCCUCUCCUGCGCCUCCUACAGGAACCAGGCUCUGCACAUCUUCCUCCGACCGGCGCUGCUCGCCUCGGCUCUCCAUGCCGCCUCAUCCAACAACAAGCAGGAGGUUUUCAACAGCUUCAGCUUCCUCAGAAACAUGUUUUCCAACGAGUUCAUCCUCUGUCCUGGAGCCACAGUGCAGGACUUCGAGGACGCCUGUUUCCUUCUGGUGAAGACUGGAGCUCUGCAGGUUUCCCAGCAGGAGGUGGUGGUGACUGAAACAGGACACAGAACACUGGCCUUCCUCACCAGUAUGCUGGACCCCUUCCUGCAGGGAUACCAGGUGGUGUGCAGGUUCCUGUGUGAAGAGGCCACAGAGGAUCUUACAGAGAAACAGUUCGUUCCUGCCGUCCGGACGUUCAUCCUCAAGCUUCUUCUCUCAGGUAGACUAAGAUACACUGAGGUGUUGUCCUCCGACCUCCAGAAGAACUCUCUGGCAGCUUUAAUGAGACUCGGAGCCGUACAGAAAAUCAAAGGAGCGGAGCCGGGAACUCUCAAGGUCAACAAGGUCAUGGUGAACUCACUGGAAGACACUCUAGGAGGGAAACUUCCGACUCAGAAAGCCGCUGUCGCUCGCCUGUAGUCCAGCGACCUCGUCAGCCAAAGGAGAUUCAGAAGGUCAAAGGCCCCCCCCCCCCCUGACGCCUCGCCCCCAUCCGGCUUGGAACAAACGCCAUGUGGAGAAGGCACAACCGCUUUUAAUCUUUAAUUUCUCUCUUCUCCUCACCUCUCUUUCUCUUCCUUAGACUCAUCUAUUGAAAUUCAUUUUUAUACUUUAAACCAGAGGAUGAGCCAGGCCUCUGAGGGUUCUUUGCUUUCGGCUCAUUCUGAAUAACUAAACAGCCUUGGAGCCUCGUGAAAAGCUUCUGAAUGUGUGACGGGCUCCUCUCAGGACGGUUUCCAUUAAUGCAUUUGAUUAUGUAUCCUCGUAAUAAUCAGCGUGGCUUUUCCCUCGGUGGUGUUCUCCCUCUUCUCCCUCAGCUCCUGGUUGUCUGUUAAUCACCGUUUGUCUUUAUUUUGAGCACUUUUAUGAAUAGUGGUGUGGAGCUUUUUAUCCUAAAUGUCUUUUGCUAUUGUUUUCUCCUUUUUGCACUCAUUAUUUUUUGGUGUGUGUGUGAAACAAAAGGUGCUUAAAGGAAUGAAUACCAACAUUUUAAUUCAAGUUAUUAGUUUUGGGGUACUUGUCAUAAACUCGAGGCCUUUUGGUUGUUGCAGGCGUUUUGCCAGCAGCAGCACGUGAGAGUCUAAUGUCGCAUAUUGUUUGCAAAAUCCAGAGGAAAGAGCGUUAAUUUAUGCUGCAGCACUACCGGCUCCACCAAAGGAAUAUGUUUUUGUGUUGAAUAUGAAUUUUCUUUAUCCGUUUUCUCACGUUCUUGUUACUGAACUCGCGUACUGAGUUGUUUUUCACAUUAAGUUUAGAAGUUGCUCGACGUUGAACCUUUAUUUAUACAGAAACUCUACAGGCCUCGUAUAAGUCUGUUACGAGGGAAGGAAGAUGAGACAGAAUAAAUGAGAUCAGGAGCAGGAGCUGUGACACCGGAACUCAGAGGAACAAAGCUCAUAAAAGCAGAAGAACAACACGUCAGGACUUUGUGUAGCAGGAGUUUGACAAGUUCUGGUGGGCCUGUGGGUGCUUCUUAUUUUAAGUGUCUAGUUUCUUGUUAGUAACAGAUCCAAAUUAAAACUAGAGGAGUUUAAAUAUCCUUAUAUUAAAGCUAUUUAUUUGGUGGCUAUAACCAGCAAUGCAGAGGAGUAUAAGCUCUUGGUUUGUGGAGGAAAUUAUCCGAACGAGCCAAAUUCUCCUGUAAGGACUCGAGUGUCAUUCAUAAAUCACCACUUCUUUUAUAAAGCGCUACCUCCGGCUUCUUCGUUUGCCAAAUUUGCUCGAUGCUCGUUUGUUAACGUGCAAAGAGUCAAAAAGAAAAAGCAGCUCAGCAUUAAAAAGAAUCUUGAACAACAUUAAUCUGCCUGUUGACUCGUCACCCAGAGUGUGAGUCAACACUUUAACUGUGUUUGUGGUUCCAAAAAGUUUUCAAACAACUUUUAUAUGACGUGUUAAUAAUUCACUCUGUUGUGUCUUUGUGUGUGUGUGUGUGUGCUUUCAUGCAUGUAACCAUGUUACUGUGUGUGUGUGUUGGGUGAAGCCUUUCAGUACAUGCUGAUGAGUUAAAGAGCAAAUUAAUAAAAGGUUUUGAAAUACGAA